UGUUUCUCUGACUUGUCGUCUUCUUCCUCUCAACCUCCAUUGACGGACAACCCUCCAAAGACGCAAUGUGGGUUUAAUCCAUGGAAUAGUUUAAUCUUUGGAGGGUUUUUUUGUUGUUGUUGAGAAAUUGCGUAAAGGAAGAAGAUUUACAACAAUGGAGAACAUAGCGGCGCAGCUAAAACGCGGGAUUUCAAGGCAAUUUUCAACAGGUUCGAUGCGUCGAACAUUGAGCCGACAGUUCACGCGUCAGUCUUCGCUGGACCCUCGUCGGACCAACAUGAGGUUCAGCUUCGGCCGUCAGUCUUCCCUCGAUCCGAUCCGGAGGAGCCCUGAAUCACGGAGCGACGACGAGCCGCACAUGUCGGUGCCGGAGAAUCUCGAUUCCACGAUGCAGCUUCUCUUUAUGUCUAGCAAAGGCGACGUCAGAGGAGUCGAGGAGCUUCUUGAUGAAGGAAUCGAUGUCAAUAGCAUCGAUCUCGAUGGCCGUACGGCGCUUCACAUCGCCGCCUGCGAGGGCCAUUUAGGCGUCGUUAAGGCUCUUCUCAGCCGUCGAGCUAACAUCGAUGCUCGUGAUCGAUGGGGAAGUACGGCGGCUGCUGAUGCCAAGUAUUAUGGGAAUUUAGAUGUGUACAAUCUCUUGAAGGCUCGAGGAGCUAAAGCACCGAAAACCAGGAAGACGCCGAUGACUGUGGCGAAUCCACGAGAAAUUCCCGAGUAUGAGCUUAAUCCACUUGAAGUUCAAGUCCGGAAAUCUGAUGGCAUCUCAAAGGGAACAUACCAAGUAGCUAAAUGGAAUGGCACGCGAGUUUCCGUAAAGAUACUUGACAAAGAUAGCUACUCUGACCCUGAACGCAUAAACGCAUUUAAACAUGAGUUGACGUUGUUAGAAAAAGUCCGUCAUCCAAAUGUUGUUCAAUUUGUUGGAGCUGUCACUCAAAAUAUACCAAUGAUGAUUGUAGUAGAGUAUAAUCCAAAAGGAGAUUUAGGAGUUUAUCUUCAAAAGAAAGGACGUCUUUCUCCUUCCAAGGCACUUAGAUUUGCUCUUGAUAUUGCCAGGGGAAUAAAUUACCUUCAUGAGUGUAAACCAGAUCCGAUCAUUCACUGUGAUCUAAGGCCAAAAAAUAUUUUGCUGGAUAGAGGAGGCCACUUGAAGAUCUCGGGAUUCGGUUUGAUAAGAUUGUCAAAAAUUUCACCUGACAAUGCGAAAGUAGCAAACCACAAAGCGCAUAUAGAUCUCUCAAAUUACUACAUAGCACCAGAGGUUUAUAAAGAUGAAAUAUUUGAUAGAAGGGUUGAUGCACACUCAUUUGGUGUCAUUUUAUAUGAGAUAACAGAGGGAGUACCGGUUUUUCAUCCGAGGCCACCCGAAGAAGUUGCGAAAAUGAUAUGCUUAGAAGGAAAGAGACCCGUUUUCAAAACCAAGUCAAAAAGUUACCCUCCGGAUAUGAAAGAGUUGAUUGAGGAGUGUUGGCAUCCAGAAGUCGGUAUUAGGCCGACAUUCUCUGAGAUUAUUAUUCGACUUGACAAAAUAGUAGCUAAUUGCUCUAAGCAAGGAUGGUGGAAAGAUACGUUUAAGUUCCCUUGGAAAUAAAGGGGAAGG